GUCAUCUCUGUCUGGAAAGCAAAACAAGCGUCUCAAAAACAAAGCCGCGCUAAAUUUUAAAGAAUUUCGACAAUUUAAGUAAAAUAAGUACAAAUAUGGCCAUUAUGAAAGUUGAAUCUUCUUUUGAGAAACGCUUAAAGGCUAUGUACGACAAACAGAAUCGCAUGGAAGCGCGGGAAGCGAGCGUCAUAAAGAAAAUUUUAAAAUUUAACAACAAUUUAUUGGAUGCCGUGGAAGCAGUAGUUCGCCAUCAUCGGAAAGUGGGUAAGUUGCAGAAAAUCAUCCAGCAGAGACGAGAAGAAGUGGAGAAGCGAGUUUCCUUCAUGGAGGAUUUGGCCCACGAAGUGGAGGCCACCAAACAGAGGAACUUGGUCAUGCGUGAACAGCUAAAACACCACAAAAUGUUGGAGAAACAGCGCAACAACGAAAUUAUGGAAAGCAUCCACACGCUGAAGCAGACAACAGGGACCUAUAUAAAUCACGAAGCUCUGCCGGCACGUGUGAAAGGUGUCACUGUACUGCGGAACGACAAUCAAGACCAGUUAAUACCCUUUGAUCUGAAGGCAACCGAUGUGGAAGGUCUGAACUCACUUUGUCAGCAUUUUCAAAGCUUGAACGUAGACGCAACCCAGUGGCGCCAGCUGGUCUCGCUUGCCACGGAAAUGUCUACGGAUUCAUCCACCAGGCAUACAACACCGCCCAAGGACGAUCGGAAGUUCAAUUCCAUAAUUGAUCUCACCUCGCCGACAAGUCAGACGUGAUUUCCGAUUACCCGACAAUGUGUGAAGCCCCACGCCAUAAUAAGAAUUUAAAUUAUAAAUAUGUAGUUGGCGACUAAAUAAUAGCGCAGUAAUUUCGAAUUGUACUUUAAGCAAAGCAAAGCUACUGCGGGUAUUUUUAUCGUGUUAAAUACAACUUAUUUAAUUGCUGUCAUAAUUGUACAUCAAUAUUUUUUACUAUAACAUGCAUUACAAAAUAUAUUUAGAAGAAAUCGAACUUUGGCAUUCGUUUCUUCAUUUUUUUUUAAUAAAUGAAAACGUUUCUACUGCAGUCAUAUACAUAUUAAAUUAGCUUCCACGUAUAAUCCGUUUUGAUUGAUCCCUUUUUAAAUGCUUAAAAAAAACUUGCUGAACAAGAUUUACAUUGUACGCGAUUUUCUUAUGCACUUAAAAUUAUUUUUCAAGUCCGCAGUAUUAGUAUAAAACGACCCAUUUUGGGUUACUUGUUAAAACUAACGCCAAAUUCGAAUGUAUUAAAAUUUACUGAA